GUCAGGGGGGCGAAAUACGGCAGCGCACACGGCAGGAACCAACGUGGUAGAACGCUAAAACUAGAUUUUUAAAAGUUUUUAGCGCAUUGUAACUACAUGUGUCAUUGCUGAACGACGUUAUCUCUGUAUUGCUUGGCAAGUACAAUGCGUUACUAAAGGAUAUUUAAGUCCAGUGUGUCUCUGCGGGCACAGUUGUUAGCUUUGUAGCAUCGCUCAGCUAACGGAAGCUAGCUCGUCUCAUAACUUCAAGCAGGUUGACCUUGUUAGCAACGCACUAAUAUUGCUCUGUAAGCAGGCAUUUGUACCGUCUACUUACAUAAUUUAUGAGAAAACGUGACUGUAAAUGUAAAGUGAAAAUAAUUAGAUAAAUUUAUACAAAAUUUAUACAAUUAACCCAUACUUAAGGCUAGUUGUAAUAUUUAGAACUUGUCAGACUCCAUCUUUAACGUUUCUGUAUAUGUUAGCGUUACUAAUUGACUAUUUUUUCACACAGUGGCACUGCUAAAAUAAAUUACGAGAGCCACUAGUGUCCUAUUUAUAUUUCGACUCAUUUUGGCGUCACAAAUUAUCAGAAACUAUGUCUGCCUGGGUGACAGAGGAGGUCAUGAGAUGGGCUCUGCGCUUUUGCAGUCGUAGGUGUCCAUGGCAACAGCACAGGUUCCUGCUGACAACAUCAGUCAAGGACACAUCUUGUACUAGUAAACAGCCAGCACAAGUUUGUGUCUCACAGAAGAGCCAGACAUCACUUUCUAAGAGUCUUCUCAGUUCGGUGAGGUUCUACUCACAGGACAGGAGUCACAGAGAUGGAGUUGAAGAGUUGUCGCUGCUUCCUGAGGUCAAUUUGGAGGAUUCAGCUUCAGACCAGAGGCUGAUGAGGUCCCCUUUCUAUGACAAGCUGCAGCGCUGUGGCUCCCCAUCAGACGUGUUAGACCUCACCUGUCAGUACUCGCCCACAGUUCAGCAGGUCAGCAACUGUCUCACCCACAUGUGGUCCACCACCAAGAAGAUGUCAGAGGAGCAGCGGCGCUACGAGCUGCAGCUGAUGUUUGAGCAUCCUGCAUUCGAGGAGCUGCUCCAAAAGGCCCUGAAGGUUGUGGGCCACAUGCGCGACGACAACGUGACGUACUCCCUCCUGAGCAUGGUCAACCUGGGUGUGUCUCAGCAUAGCCGUGUGGUCCAGACUUACCUUCGAGUCUGCCAGGAGAACCUGAAUGACUUUGAUGAGAAGUGUCUGUCCAUUUUGGCCUCCUGUUUGGAAAAUAUGGAGAGCAGCACCAACGUUGAUGCACUUAAGGAAGGCAUGAAGCUGAUCGUGGAUGCCCGUCUUCCCGGGAUCAAGAAUGUAAUGACUCUCCAGACCAUGAUGCGUCUGCUGGGAAAAGACGCCCCACAGUACCUGAAAAGGAAACUAGAGAAAAAGGCCUUAUCAAUGACAGAUCAGUUCAGUCUUCCCAACACCCAGUACAUGAUCUUCACCAUGGCAACGAUGGGCUUCUACUCCAAACCGCUGAUGGAUCUCUGCAGUAAAAAAAUCGCAGAAGACUUCCAUGGAAUCCCCUUCAACAGACUGUACAGAGUGCUGCAGUCCUAUAGGGAGCUGCUCUACAGGAACGCAGAUCUGCUCACCGGCCUUUCAGAAUAUGUUGCUUCUCCACUGGACGUAUGGACCAACAAACAGGUGCUUCUCUUUCUGUCUAUGUUUGAGGACCUCGCCUUCUGUCCUGAUGCUUUAAUGGAGGCGUUUGCUGAGAGAGUGAUCUCCAACCCUGACGUCCUGACACUGAAAGACCUCUUGUGCGUCCUCAAAGUGUACUCCUCUCUGAACUAUGACCUGCGGCACCAAAGACAACAGUUCCUGGACAGCCUCAGUCACGCCCUGAGCUCCUACCUGCCUAAGAUACCUGCAUUCAUGCUGUUGAAGGCCGUUUACUGUCUCUGCCUGCUGGGCCACUUCCCCUCUGCACCGCUGGAGCAGCUCCUGCAGAGCAGCACACUGGAGCAGCUUGAGGGAUCAAAGUUUGCCAAGAGCCGGGAGAGAAUGUUUCAGACGGUGGACUUGUGUCUCCGUCUCGACCGUCCUCCUCUCCCUCAGCCCCUGACUGUCCCUCCGUCUGUGAUGGGAGACGCCAAUGCCAGCAGCCAGACGGCCAACUCACGGCUCUCACAGGGUCUGCAGAGUUUGACGGGUGAUGAGGUGCAUGCGGUGCUGCAGGAAAUGGUGGUGGUGGAGAACUUCUAUCUCAUAGACGGUGUUAUAACCAAACCGCUGCCAAACCAGACCUGUCGGACUGAAGCGAGCAGCUGUGCAGGAGUCGAGGGUUCCCCAGCAGAGAGCAGUCAAAGAAUUGCAGUAAUUUGCACGCCACAGUCUGGUUUCUGCUACGGUACGUCCAAUCCCCGCGGCCCCCUGGCCGUCAAGAUUCGACAUCUGAGGAUGCUGGGAUACGCUCCAGUCCUGGUGACGGAGCAGGAGCUGCAGUCUGACGAAGACGGGACGGAGACCCUCAGGGGACGGAUAUUUCCAGAACUCCACAGAUCAGAAACACAGACUGCAGUGGAGCAGCUGAGAUCCUGACGUAACCACAGGUUUUACGACUCGAAGAAUAAGAAAGCCUAUUUAAAAAAAUGACUGCGGUGCCUCAAACACGACCUGCCAGUAAAGGUACACGUGAUGAAAAUGCUGCCCUCUGAUGCUAGACUGUUGUUUGUACCAGACAGAAGGAUGGAAUUAGUGAGCUAUACCCGGAAUAAGUGCAUGAAUCAUGUGUUUCUAGAAAUAAAACCCACAUCCUGAUCAAG